AUGUACACCAAGAAGGCUCUUUCCCUCGCCGCCACUCUGGCUCUUGCCGAGCAGGCCAUGGGCUUCAACGCUCACCGUCACGCCCACCAGGACAAGCGUGCCAUGCAGUACGACAUCGUCACCUACUGGGUCACCGUCACCGAGACCGAGGGCAACGCUCCCCCCAGCACUCCUACUCCCACUCCUGCUGCCCAGCAGCCCGUUGCUGAGCUUGCAUCCUCGCCCCUUCCCUCUACCACCACUUCCACCAGCAUCGUCGUGGUCCCUACCCCCACCCCCGUUGCUCCUGCCCCUACCACCACCUUGGUCACCUCCUAUGCCCCCAAGGUCCAGCAGUCUGCUCCGGCUUCCUCCUCCUCCGCUGCUGUCUUCCAGGCUGCUGAAGUCAACGUCGCUGCCACCUCUGCCACAUCCUCAAAGGCCGCUGCCGCUAGCACCGUCAGCACCUCGAGCACUGGCGGCAAGCGUGGUCUCGCUUACAACUCGGCCAGCCUGGUCAGCAACUUCUUCUCCAGCGGCAACAGCUGCGAGCAGUGCUCUUGGGCUUACAACUGGGACUCUUCCUCCAACGGUCUCUCCGAGAGCCUCAACUACGUCCCCAUGCUGUGGGGACCCAUUGACACCCACACUGCCCGCUGGACCGCCAACGCCGACGCCGCCAUCAAGGCCGGUUCUACCCACAUCCUGAGCUUCAACGAGCCUGACCUUCCCGCUCAGGCCAACCUGGACGCUGCUACCGCCGCCACUGCCCACGUCAAGUACAUGAACCCCUACUCCGGCAAGGUCAAGAUCGGCUCUCCUGCCAUCACCAACAGCAACAUCGCCGGCCAGGGUCUGGACUGGCUCAAGGCCUGGGUCUCUGCCUGCGACACUGCUGGCUGCGCCUACGACUUCUGCGUCACCCACUGGUACUCUCCCUCCGACGCUGCCGACACCCUCUUCUCUCACCUCCAGUCCGUCCACGAGAUCUGCGGCAACAAGCCUGUCUGGCUCACCGAGUUCGCUCCUCUCGGCAGCGACGACCAGAUCUCCAGCUUCGUCCAGACCAACGUCCCCAAGCUGGAUGCCGUCUCUUACCUUGACCGCUACUCCUACUUCAUGGUUAGCGAUGGUGUCCUGACCUCCGGCACCGGCCUGAGCGCCCUCGGCAAGACCUACGCCUCUGCCGCUUAA